GUCAGACAGGUGCCAGGACGGGGCAUCGAGGGUAAGGACAGACAGGUGCCAGGACGGGGCAUCGAGGGUAAGGACAGACAGGUGCCAGGUCUUCACCACUGAUGCCCGCUCCGGGUGUGCGGCUUUGCCUAACACAGAGUGCCCCCCACUAGUGUGGAGGACCCCAGAGCCGCCAAUGAAAACCUCCUGUGACACAGCCGAGAGGAUGAAGCCAGACAGAGACUCGUUGGAUGAGUUCUUUGAAUAUGAAGCGGAGGAUUUCCUGGUGUACCUGGCUCUACUGAUCACAGAAGGUCGCACUCCUGAGCAUUCAGUAAAAGGCAGGACAGAAGGUCUUCACUGCCCUCCAGCACAAUCCAGUCAGCCUGGGGCUAAUAAGCAUGAAUGCAGUGAUAAGGUGCCGAAGUGCCGACAAGCCAGGAAAACAAGAUCUGAGGUUACCCUGUUGUGGAGGAAUAAUCUUCCUAUCAUGGUGGAGGUGAUGCUGUUACCAGACUGUUGCUAUAGUGAUGAAGCAUCUGGAACGGAGGGGAAUGAUUUCAAUGAUCCCGCAAUGAAACAAGAUGCCCUCUUGCUGGAGCGGUGGACUCUGGAGCCAGUUCCCAGACAGAGUGGAGACCGUUUUAUUGAAGAGAAGACUCUUCUGUUGGCUGUCCGUUCAUUUGUUUUCUUUUCUCAGUUAAGCGCCUGGUUAAGUGUUUCUCAUGGAGCUGUACCCCGCAACAUUAUCUACAGAAUAAGUGCAGCUGAUGGUGAGCUACAAUGGAAUUUUACUCAUCCACCCACUGAACAUGUGUUUCCUGUCCCCAAUGUGUCUCAUAACGUGGCCUUGAAAGUCAGUGUCCAGUCUCUGCCUAGACAAUCCAGUUAUCCAGUGUUGAACUGUAGCAUCCACAGUAAUCUUGGCUUAUAUGAAAAGAAGUUUUUGUCACAUGAGCAAAUUGGUCCUCCACCUCGAGAGCAUCAGGAGAGCAGCCAGCAAAGUGCACCCAGUUUUCAGCAUACAUGUAGCAAGCAGACAUGGACUGUUGGAUCUGAUGGACUACUGCAGGCUAAAACAAGUCUUAGCAUGAAUCUCAUGCUCCCUGGUAAAAAUGUAAAGUUAAUUUCUGGAUGUGGCAAUAGCUGUGACGUUGGAACAUCACCAUCUAAGAUUCAUUGUUUCAGUAUAAGUGAUCCUAAAACAGCCCUACAAGGAUCGCCUGUAAGAAACUUCAAAUCGCUAUCUUUGGUUGACACGCCCAACAACUCCCCUGUACACCAACAGACAGAGACCAAUCCUUUAAUAGGCUCCCUAAUUCAGGAACGCCAGGAAGUCAUAGCAAGAAUAGCACAACACUUGCUUCAGUGUGAUCAGACAACAUCACACAUAACAACUCGUUCCUUCAAAAUGCACGACCCCACCCCCAUGAGCUGCAAAAUAUUAAGAAACCCAUGUGAAGACGAAAACUUCAACAAGAUUGAAACACCUGUCAUGUGUGCUCCUAUUUCAGAUCUGACUCUAACCCCUGAAAAUGGUGACCGAAAACAAAAAGCUGCUUUAGACACACCCAUAACUUCCUCCCGACCUUGUCCUGAUGGUAGAACUUCACCAAAACCACAAGCUAGGCGGAAACUCAUUUUAGUUCAAGCCCAUGAACCUGUUUUAGACACAUUUCAACAUUCAGUAAACAAAUACACCCCACCAGCUUUCUCAUUGUCCAGUAAGGAAAAUAUUUUUAUGGCUCCUGAUAGAGGAGACUUAAAGUACAGUGAACAGAAUGAAAAGUACAUCAGUAAAGGAACACUUCAUCAUCUCUCCAGUCAUAGCACCUUGAACGUCUGUUCUGCCAACAGGCAAACCAGCUCUGCUGAAAGUAGAAGUAGCGACAGUGUCCAUCUUGAUAAUCGCAAAAACUGUUCACGAAAUGUUGUGGCAUUUAAAACCUGUGGUGUUCCGCAGACACUAGAGCCUAAAUGUACGGAAAGUAACACGAGGAAAGCACAUGGGUCUGAUCAUAGCAACCAACUUCACAGCAUUGAAAACUACGUUACAAAAGAUAGAGACAGUCAGAAAGCUAAAGAGACCCAAGAGAAGCAGAAGACUGCUCAUGAUGAGAAUGAGGAUCCAACCAAAUGUGACUGUGGUGCACAAGAACAGGGGAAAGCCAUUGAAAAUUGUCUGAGCUGUGAGAGGCUGAAGAAUACAGACCAAACAAAGUCUGUACCUCUGCGACCUUCUAAUGUUUGGAAGAAAAAGGGUUUUCACUCUCUCGAUGGGAUCUCUACCAAGGCAUUUCACCCCUGCACAGGUUUACCUUUACUUUCCAGUCCAGUACCACAAAGAAAGACACAGUCAGGGUAUUUUGAUCUGGACACUUCCUUACUGCAGUUUAAAGGUUUAUCCACAAAGAGACGUCACUGUGAGAAAACAGAGAAUGGUGUAGAGUGCACAGACAGACAGCUUAGUUGCAGUGCUCCACCUGCUCCUUGUCUGAGCCUUCUUGGAAACUUUGAGGAGUCGGUCCUGAAUUAUCGAUUAGAACCUCUAGGCACAGUUGAAGGUUUUACAGCAGAUGUUGGAGCAAGUGGAGUAUUCUGUCCAACCCACAUGACGUUGCCUGUUAGAGUUUCUUUCUUCAGUGUUUCAGAGGAUAAUGCUCCUUCCCCUUACAUGGGUAACAUUACACUGGAAUCUCUUGGCAAAAGGGGAUAUCGCAUACCUCCUUCUGGAACUAUUCAAGUGACCUUAUUUAAUCCAAACAAGACUGUGGUGAAGAUGUUUGUGGUGAAAUAUGACUUGCAAAAAAUGCCACCCAAUCACCAGACAUUCCUGCGACAGAGAACGUUUUCUGUUCCUGGGAAACGAGAUAAGAAAGUAACAGUCCCUGAGAACAUCAUGAAGACAGAAGAGCGGACACUGCGCUACCUCAUCCACCUGAGGUUCCAAAGUUCAAAGUCUGGAAAGAUCUACCUCCACAAAGAUGUUAGACUUCUUUUCUCUCGGAAGUCCAUGGAAGUUGACAGUGGGGCAGCAUAUGAACUGAAAUCUUACAUAGAAACUCCAACAAACCCACAGUUUUCAUCCAGAUGCUGAGCUAACCACAGUAAAGAAAAUCUUUGACAAAAAAUAAAAUUGGCUUGACAUCCCUGACUCUGGUCUAAAUAGACGUGACCCAAGAAUGGACCAGCUCCCGAGAUUUUAUUCAGUGCAUUCUGUGUCAUUUUGUGUAGACUGGAAAAGAAUAGAGUCCUAAUCCAUUUUUCUACUAUGUAAUACCACUUUGAUUAGGUGCGUGCUGCAUUAGCGAUUCUCCAUGUUAGUUUAGUGUUUACACCUUUUUGUUUUAUUUUGUUUAUUUAAUAUUUAAUGUUUCAUUUACUACAGUGAUUUGUUUUGUCUGUGUUCUAAUGUAGCACAAAACCUAUGUAAAUCAUACAAUGUAUUUUUGACAGUAAUAUUGAAUUCUAAAAUAUAUAUAAAUCGAUACUUUGGUGUUGAUUUAUUGUAUAGAUACAUUUUACUGGUGAUGCCAGAAGGCUACAUUAAAUUCAAACCAGUUAGCACAGGGGACAUUGCUGCCCUAAAAGAAUUAUUAGUCUGUUCAGUGCAAUAAAAAGUUCUUCUAGGGUUGCACCCAA